AUGAGAUCUACCCGCAGCGAGCGACAGAUCUCAGGCACCGCGCGGAUGCGCCGGGAGGACCUGAACGCGGUGAAGCCGCUCCGGCCAUUGGGGGCCCCGCCGGGCUCCGGGGGGCCCGCUGCCCGGCGCCGCUUAGAGCAGAGCCCCGUGACCGCCUUCCUGCGGGAGCUGAACUUGGGGCAGUACGCCGAGGUGAUGAGGGACCACGGCUUCGACGACCUGGAAACGCUGAUAUGCAUCGAGGAGCCGCACAUGCGCGAGAUGGGGAUGCCGGCCGGACACAUCGUGAAGUUGAAGAGGAGCUUGAAAGAGUGCGGCGAGGUCACGGUGCCCCGUACGUUGCAGAGCAAGGCCUUCCAGCCGUGCAACACCUCCAUGACGGCGGCGCAGCUGAGCUGGCAGCAGGUCAAGGCUUUGGGCACUGACGUGGUGGGUGGGCUCUUCUACAAGAAGUUCUUCCAGAUCGAGCCCAAGGCCAAGGCCCUGUUCCCCUCGGUGCGGCUGCGCUAG